AUGCAUCCAACAACUGCAUCAUCUUCGGAAACAUCGUCUUUCACUCCUGGUGAUGAAUCAUCAUCAACAACAACACCCUCCACGAGCAGUCAUUCCUAUUAUUUUGUAAAACCCAAGGAUGAAACCGUUCCGACACCCUAUUUGUUUAUUACCAAUGUGGGCAAUGUUUUGAAGAGUGAAGAAGAAUCAAAGACAGGUUCCGAGUUACAUAAAUUGUAUGAAGAUUGGAUCAUUCAAGAAGUAUCGGAAAAUGUGGAGAAUGUGGAAGUAGAAACGGUCAUGGUGAGGGAACAAAAAUUAAAACGAAAAAAGAAGGAAAAGCUCGAGAGAAAGAAGCAAGAAGCCUCUUCGAGUGAUGAUCAUGAUGGACCUGUUCAUGCUUCUCAUCCAACCAUUCAAAUUUAUGUAGUAUUUGGAGAUUCGGAAGAAGCAGAAAGAGUUAAAAACUAUCUAAAUUCAAAACAUCCAGUUUUUCAUGUUUCAUACGCCGAUACGGCAACAGAAACCAAAGAACAGAGAAAAAAGAAGCACAUUAAAGGUUGGAACAUUGAAUGUACUUCUUCAACCGAACACGUGAAAAUUCCUGGUUUGCUCGUGAUUGAGAACUUUAUUACUGAGGAAGAAGAGGAGAAAAUUAUUAAGCAAGUCGAUCAACAUGAAUGGGUCCAUGAACUUCAGAGAAGAGUUCAACACUAUGGAUUUAAAUUUGACUAUGAUAUUAGGUCGAUUGAUUUUAAUGCUAAUGUAGAUCCAAUUCCAGAAUAUGUUCAGAAUAUUAUUCCUAGGAUGAAGGACUUGUUGAACACAAAACAGCAAGAAAAGGAUCCAUCGUUUGAGAACGAUGAAUACCUUUCAAGUUUUGAUUUUGCAUCCUAUCAAGCAGAUCAAUUAACUAUUAACGAGUAUCAACCUGGUCAAGGAAUCCGACCUCAUAUUGAUGUACAUGGCCCUUUUAAUGACGGCCUUUUCCUUAUUUCCUUACUUAGUAGCACGGUCAUGUAUUUUUCCAAAUGUGUGAAUGACGAGGUUAUCGAGAAAAAAUAUGUUGAUCUACCUCGUAGAUCUCUUGCAGUCAUUGUAGGCGAAGCUAGGUAUUUGUGGAGACAUGCUAUUAUGUGCCGUGAGUUGGACAGAGUGAAUGGAAAGAUCAGAAAGAGGCAACGAAGAGUCUCACUCACCAUUAGAUCAGUCAGAAAAAGCGGCUCUUGUAAAUGUAAAUGGGUGGAAGUUUGUGACUCACAACAACAAGAUUAUGUCGCUCACAAUCUUCCAUAUUCCCAACAACUAAGCACAACGAACCUAGAGCUUGAAUUUGUUCAGAAGACUUACAACACCAUUGCAUCUCAUUGGGAUAAUACAAGACAUUAUGCAUGGCCAAAGGUCGCAGAGUUCAUUAAAUCACUUCCAGACUACUCUGUGGUGGGAGACAUUGGUUGUGGAAAUGGAAAAUACAUUGGACUUAAUCCUAAAUGCAUAUGGAUUGCAACUGAUAGAAGUGAAAAAUUGUGUGAAAUUUGUGUUCAGAAAGGGUUUGAUGUGACUGUCUCGGAUGCUCUUAAUCUCCCAUACAAGACUAAUUGUUUUGAUGCCACUUUAAACAUCGCCGUUUUGCAUCAUAUCAGUUCUGUAGCGAGACGAAUCAGACUCCUGAAAGAGUUAGUGAGGGUAACCAAACCAAAUGGUCUAAUUCUCAUUUAUGCUUGGAGUUUUGAACAAGAACAAAGUUCAAAGAGAAAAUUCCAAAGUCAAGAUGUAUUCGUACCAUGGAAGUUGCAAGCAAAAUAUUUAUCGCAUGGAGAAGAACAAGAUGAUGACAAUGAAUCUCAACCACCCAUCGAGGACAAUGAAGUCACAAUCAAGCGUUACUGCCAUGUGUACAAGCAAGGAGAAUUGGACGAACUUUUACUCACAAAGGUCAAAGGUGUGGACAUUGUUGAUUCCUAUUUCGACACUGGCAAUUGGUGUUUAUUGGUAAGAAAGCACAAAUCAGACUCUGCAUAA